AUGUUUUUAGAAAAUAAAUCCGUAAUAAAUAGCCUAGAGGGAGACCUCAUCAACAAGUCCUAUAGCCAUGCCUAUCUCUUUUCUGGUAGCAAGGGCAUAGGUAAAUUUUCUCAUGCCAAAAAUUUUGCCAGGGCAAUACUAAGGGAAGCCCCUGAAGGGAUAAGAUUUUUUAGUGGGAUUGAUGACUUCGAAGAUGCAGACCUUUUUGUGGUGCAAAAAAAAGACGCAAUAAAAAAACAAGAUAUAGAAGAGAUAAUCGAAAACUCAUUUUCAAAGCCCUUUUCUGGAAGCCACAAGAUUGUUAUUAUUGAUGACUUUGAUCAGGUUACAGAUGAGGGACAGAAUGCCCUUUUAAAAACUUUGGAAGAGCCCAUGGACUACUUGAUAUUAAUUUUAAUUUCAAGCAAUAUGAGAAAUAUUCUUCCAACAAUUAUUUCGAGAUGUAGGAUUUUGAAAUUUCAAGACCUUACACAAGAUAGGCUUGAAGAAUUUUUGCUUUCAAGGAAGCUUUCUCCUAGAAAUGCCAAACUCUUCUCUAGGCUUUCCAAUGGAGACGUGAGUCUUGCCAUAAAAUAUUCUGAAAAUCCCGAAUUCCUCUCAAAGAGAGAAGAUAUAAUAAAUAUGAUUGACAGGAUUAUUAGAAAGACAGAAUUUAUCUUUGAUGAAAUGAAGUUUUUAAAGGACAAGAAGGAUGACUUUAAUGACAUUUUAAACUUCAUGAUAAUUUGGUAUCUUGACUUAGUUUAUAUGAAAACAGGCAGAGAAGAUUUAGUGGUAAACAUAGACAAGUUAGACCUUUUGAAGCUCCAAGACCUUUCAAUUGAUAGGGCAAUCAAUUCUUAUGAUGCACUUAUAAAUGCCUUGGGACGCAAGGGAAAAAAUGUGAAUUUUGAUUUAAAUAUAGAAAAGCUUUUAAUAGAUUUAGGGGGAGUUAGAUGA